AAACGGAUGGAAUAAAAAAAACUUGUUGAUGUUGAGUUGGCAGUUUGGCUUUAGCGUGCAAUUGGACUCCGGUGUGUUUUUUUAUUUUUUAUUCUUAAAACUCCGCCAAAACAUUGCACAUAUCCUAAAUGUGUGCACAUUAACACACACUUCACAGCCUCUAAUUUGUACUUGUAAAUCGUGCGUCACCGCCACGCAGCGGUGCAGAUUCAAUUCGGGUUCACCUCAGCUCAGCAGACAGCCUCAAGAUAACCUGUGAGGACUCCACUCAGAAUAAUCCCAUGGUUUUUUGAUUUGUUUUUUUCUAUUAUUAUUAUUAUUUUAUUAGACCUGCUGGAGGGACGAGUGAGACUGUUGUUAUGACACUAAGAAGAGUAAACCUGAUCAUCCUCGUUCUGCUGGCUGUGGCUUUCCUCAUCAUAGUGCAACGAAACAUCCUCAACCUCAGCGACUUUUUGCACAAAGAAAACCCAGAUGCCGGGGUGAUCCUUCCCUUCGAGGCUGAGCUGUCUCCAGACGUCAGACCACUUCCGCAGAGGAAUGGGGAGGAGAUCCUGGUUCUCGUCGCCGCUGACGAGGACAGGCUCGGCGCUGUGGUCGCCGCCAUGAACAGCGUCUACCAGAACAGCAAAGCCAACGUCGUCUUCACCAUCGUGACCUUGAAUGACACAGUCGAUCACCUGAAGGCGUGGAUGAGUAAGACGAAGCUGAACAACAUCAAACAUAAGAUAGUUAUUUUCAAGCCUGAGCUCCUCAGCGGAAAGAUUGCUAAUGAUCCUCAAAUGCCGGAGGCUGCAAAACCAUUGACCUUUGCAAGAUUCUAUAUGCCUAUAUACAUACCAGACGCAGAGAGAGCUAUCUAUUUGGAUGAUGACAUAAUUGUGCAAGGGGAUAUUCAAGAACUUUACGAGACCAACCUCAAACCAGGACACGCCGCUGCCUUCUCUGAUGACUGCGACUCGAUAUCCUCCAAGGGCAUCAUCCGCGGGGCUGGGAAUCAGAAUAACUACUUAGGUUUCCUGGACUUCAAGAAAGAAGCGAUUCAGAAGCUGGGGAUGAGGGCCGGCACCUGCUCCUUCAACCCGGGGGUCAUAGUCGCCAACCUGACUGAAUGGAAGAACCAGAACAUCACCCAACAGCUGGAGCACUGGAUGGAGCUCAAUAAGCGGGAGGAUCUGUACAGUAAAACACUUGCGGAAAGCGUCACCACUCCUCCACUCCUCAUUGUUUUUUACAAACGUCACUCCACCAUCGACCCACUGUGGCACGUGAGACACCUCGGUACGACAGGCGCUGGAAACCGCUACUCCCUCCAGUUUGUUAAAGCCGCCAAACUCCUCCACUGGAACGGACACUACAAGCCCUGGGGACGGACGUCCUCCUUCACCGACGUGUGGGACAAGUGGUUCAUCCCCGACCCCACGGGGAAGUUUCACCCCGUGCGCCGACACGCGGGCGACAGCUAGACUCCAAGGACGGGACCUUCGCAGCAGAAACCCCGUUAACAUCUCAGGAACUAAGGCCUUCUUCUCAUUUGCCAAACCCCCUGUUUUUGAGUUCUGUGUGGACCUGCGUUACUACCUUAACACUAAACCUUUGUCCUGUCCCUUUUGAAAUAGCAGCCACCUGUGGUUUUGAUAAACUGUUAAAAAUGAGAUUGUUUGACAUAUAAAUGAUCAGAGAACGUGGAUAUAUAUAUAUAACACUACCUGCCAGCAGUGGUCAGAUACAAUGACAGCGUGCCAACACAUUUAUGCACAAAUUAUGAUGGCGUAUAAGUAGGUGGGUACGUUUACAAGCAGCUGAAUCGUGAUUAGCAAACUAAAGUGUUUUUGUAGCUGAGCUGUGAUGGUGUAAUAAUCAGCCCGAAGCACAUUCCCCAAGUCGCUCUUUGAUUCAUGAAGAUGCUCUAACACCAUUACCUCAGUUCACACCUCCUGUGGAAUUUAAAAAAUAUUGUACGUAACAUUUGUGAAGCCCUAGUUUUGAUACGACGGUGGAGUCUCUUCAUGAUGCGCCGUUAUUUUUAAUUUGCCACAAAUGACUCGUUCUUCAGGUUGAACUGUACGCGGACCACUAAGCAAACUAAAACCUAAGGACGUGUUUGUGCCAACGCUUACCCCACCCCAUCUAUUUACCUAACUACAGGAUUUUUGUAAUAAGCAUCGAAAAGCAGUUUAGCCGUGUCGGUGUAAAUAUUCAUCUUUUUUUGUACAAUACAUGAAAUAAAACCUAUGUGAUAAA